AGCACCCUCCACUGAACAUUUCAGAGGCUCUUCUGUUGAUGAGAAACUUUUUUUGCAUACUUGUGUUAAUAGUUAAAUGGAUUUUCCAGAUAACCUGUAUUGCCUGUUGUCCCAAGGUAUAUGAAACCUUUCCAAGAUGUAUGGACCAUCAUAUGUUGCAUCUACACCAAGAGCAAGUUCAACAGCAUUUAACAGAGAACAUCGAUACAACCUCUCACAACAGAUUUCUCCAAGUUAUGCCUGUGCCUUUUUGGAGGAUGACUCUGCCUAUGAGCAUUGUUCUGCCAGCCCUCUGACAGAGUUCCUUUCCACGUGUCGCCGCAGCCCACGUCUGCUUUCUAAUGGUUAUUACGUUUUGACAGAAGACAGUUUUCUGUCUGAUGAAGAGGGUAACAUAACACUGACACCAUCUCAGACAAGUGUUACAUAUAAAGAGAAUUUGGUUCGUGUAUUCAAGCGAAGGAAGAAAAUCCGUCGCUCCCUUGCCAGCUUGUUCAAUCUUGGUGCCUCCAGUUCAUGGCUCGGCAGCACUGUCCUCAGCAAUGUGGAUUCCUCCCAUCUAGAUGAUCCUUGGCCUGAUGGAUGCAAUAAACUAGAAACCAGUCAGAAUGACAUUAUCACUGAAGAUCUUGUCAGAAGACGUGCAGAACAUAAUAACUGUGAAAUUUUUUCACUGGAAGAAAUCUCUUUACAUCAGCAGGAAAUAGAAAAACUAGAGUAUAUAGACAAAUGGUGUCGAGAUUUAAAAAUUCUCUAUCUUCAGAAUAAUCUAAUUCCAAAAAUUGAAAAUGUAGGCAAAUUAAAGAAGCUGGAGUAUUUAAAUGUAGCUUUGAACAACAUUGAGAGGAUUGAAAACCUGGAAGGUUGUGAAGAACUGAAGAAACUUGACCUGACAGCCAAUUUCAUUGGUGAACUCUCCAGUAUUGAAACUCUCAAGCAUAAUAUACAUCUGAAGGAACUAUUUUUAGUGGGUAACCCCUGUACUGAGUUUAAAGGUUAUAGACAAUUUGUAGUGGCAACACUUCAUCAAUUAAAAUGUUUGGAUAGUAAAGAAAUUGAACGUUCAGAGAGGAUUCAAGCACUUCAAGACUAUCCAGAAGUGAAGCAGAAAAUUGUAGAACAGGAAAAAGCUUACCUUCUCAAAAGAGCCAGAGAAAAAGAAGAGGCUCAAAGAAGGAUGCAAGAAAGACAGGACAAGAAACAAAAACAGAUGGAAUCUAGGAUGGAAUCUAAGCUUAAAUUUGACAGCCCAGAAUCCCAACAAGACAAAGAAAACCAUCAGGCAGAUGGAGAACAAGAAAUGUGGAGAACAGUUGAAGAUGAUGAAGAAGAUAGAAGAUUUUGGCAGGAGCCUACACCAUAUACUCCAGAGUCUAGACUAGAAACUCACAGGUAUAUUGAAGAAAAGCGGAGACCUAAAGACAACAUAAGGGAUUCAAAAAAGAGAGAGAAGCCUCUUUGGACAUUGAUCACAGCGGAAGGAAAAGUUCUGAAUGUGAAUGUGCCUAAGCUUAAUUUCUCUUUGAAAGAUGAUGAAGAAAACAACCAAUUCAUCUUGGAUCUUGCUGUUUUCAGACAUUUGGACACUUCUCUGCUUGAUGUUGAUGUCCAGCCAACUUACAUACGAGUACAGGUGAAGGGGAAGCCAUUUCAGCUAGUGCUCCCUGAAGAAGUGAAGCCAGACUGCAGCUCUGCUAAAAGAUCACAAACAACUGGUCAUUUAGUUGUCAGCAUGCCGAAGGCUAAAGAAAUAAUCCUGACCAAGAAAAAUGUAUCAACUCCAAUUAAACGUUCUGACUGCAAUACACUGAAAAAAAAUGCAACAAGGAGCGGACAAGUUGAGAAAUUGGAAGUGGAUCCUAGUAAAUAUUCAUUUCCUGAUGUGACAAAGAUAAUCCAUGAAAAGGAACGAAUUGGACAGGAACCUAUUAAGCUACAACCUGAGAAGAUUACAGAGACUAAGGAGAGUUAUAUUGAUUUUGAAAAUAAUGAAGAAGUUCCUCCCUUAAUUUGA